AUGCCCAACAAAGCCCAAGAGGAUGCUGUAAUCAAUCUGAAGACGCUGCAGGAGAUUUCUAGGCAGCUUGGUUUUGAGUGGACAGUCCUGGCAUAUGAGCUUGGCUUCAACAGAACUGAGAUAGGGCGCUUCCACACUAAAUCCACAGAGAAGAGUGUCCAGGCCAGGAUCAUGUUGGAAAACUGGUAUGAGAGGUCAUGGGACAAGCCCAAUAAGACCAAGCUGCUGCAAGAUGGACUGGAACGAGCAGGCAGGAGGGACCUGGCUGAAAGGUUGCGCUGCCUCCACUGGGGCCACCAGAAGCUAAGCCGCAGGGUGGAGCUGCCUUCUGCCUUCCCCUUCCUCAUCACAGUCCACAAGACCAUUCACAACAAAGAUGGGCUUCGCAGGAUCAAUGAUCUCAACCCUAGAUACUAG